UCAGCCAUACGCUCUCUCCCGAUGUCCACGCCGUUGGCGGGCCCGUCUCCGCUCAAGGAUCUCGUCCAACCGCAGUUCCACCAAAACAACUUUCAAGAAGAGCUCUUUGUCAAAAAUGAUCUUGGAAUCAAACUAGACAAGGACGACCAGAUCUGUCGGUUAUCUCUGAGCUCUACAGGGUGUCCACUGGGUCCACUUCACUGUCCACUCCGACAUACAAUCCCGUCCUCGCAGAAUUUCCAACCCCCUAAACAACUCCCGGCACACCCACGGGACAGAGAACGUCUCGCAACAGUUUGUAAACACUGGCUGCGCGGUCUCUGCAAAAAAGGCGAUGCAUGCGAGUUCUUGCACGAGUACAACCUCAGACGAAUGCCAGAGUGCUGGUGGUACGCUAAAUACGGGUAUUGUUCUGCAGGCGACGAGUGCUUGUAUGCACAUCCAAGAGAAAGGAGGAUAGAGUGUCCGGAUUAUAAACGCGGGUUUUGUAAAUUAGGGCCGACAUGUCCACGGAAACACGUCCGUCGCGUCGCGUGCCAGCUCUACCUUACCGGAUUCUGUCCGCUAGGUCCAGAAUGCCCACGAGGACAUCCUAAACCCUCCCUCCCACAUCCAAGCGCGUACGAUACCCCUCUGCCUCCUGCAAACCGAGACCUGGGUCCACCCCCACCAGGGUACGGCCGAUAUGCUGACUACGAUCGCUCGAACGGUGGUGGAAGUGGGAGCGCGGGCACGGGAUCUGGGGGGGCCACAGCAGCAUCGGGACCCCGACGAAAUCUGGACGAGGUCUUGUGUUUCAAGUGCGGCGAAAAAGGCCAUUACGCGAAUCAUUGCAGGAAUAGGAACGUUCCAGGUAACCGUGGAGGCAUCGACCGAUCGAGGAGAUAUGCCGUCACGGACGACUGAGGGUCAUCCUCCUUGUUUUCUCGUUGGUGGCUGCUCCUGUUUGUUCUUUGUUUUCUGUCCGCUUCGCGACUUCUGUAUGUGUCGAUAGCUUUCG